ACGUUCUCUGCAAAAUUUUCUCUCUUACUCUCAAAAAUUUUUGCUUUAAUGGAAACAAGCCAUCGUUUCUAAGGUCAGGGUGGUGGUUAGAGUCCGUCCUUUUCUUCCUCAGGAAACUGCUGCAAGAAAUGGCAACUCAAAGUCGUGCAUUUUUCUUCUGGAUCAUCAAGAUAAUGACUCGUCUGAUGAAGUUUCUGUUCAUCUUAAAGAUCCAUUUACCAGGUGAGAGAUUGAUUCUUUCUUUUGGGAGGAGGUUGAUGUUUGUGCAAAGGGAAUAAAUGUUGUUUUUGAUUAUGGGUUUUUCUUUUUGUUGUCGGAUGGAAUAGCCGAAAUAAAUGUUAUAGAUGGACUCUUUCUUUGACCAAGAAGAUGAUAAUGUCAGAAGGAUAUUCUACAGAGAAGUGAAUUCUUUGAUUCCAGGAAUCUUUCAUGGCUUCAAUGCCACUGUGUUUGCUUAUGGGGCUACCGGUAGUGGAAAAACUUAUACCAUGCAGGGUACAGACGAGCUGCCAGGUUUAAUGCCUUUGGCCAUGCCCACAAUUUUGUCUAUAUGCCAAAGCACAGGUCGCAUGGCAGAGAUUUCAUACUAUGAGGUCUACAUGGAUAGGUGUUAUGAUCUUUUAGAAGUCAAAACAAAGGAAAUUUCGAUUUUGGAUGACAAAGAUGGGCAGAUUCAUCUAAGGGGCCUAGCUUUGGUGCCUAUCAAUUCCAUGUCUGAAUUUCAUGAAGUCUUCUCUUGUGGAAUUCAGAGAAGGAAAGUUGCACAUACUGGUCUCAAUGAUGUUUCUAGUAGAAGACAUGUUGUCCUUGUGAUUGCUGUUUCCACUCCUUGUAGUGAUGGUUCUGGGCCUGUUUUGAUGGGGAAGCUGAACCUCAUAGAUUUAGCAGAAGGUAAUGAGGAUAAUAGGAGGACCUACAAUGAAGGCAUUCGUCUUCAAGAGAGUGUUAAGAUCAACCAGUCCUUAUUUGCUUCGUCAAAUGUAAUUUAUGCAUUGAACAACAACAAACCACGAGUACCCUACCGAGAAAGCAAAUUGACUCGAAUAUUGCAGGACUCCCUUGGAGGAACUAGCCGUGCCUUGAUGGUUGCUUGCCUGAAUCCUGGAGAGAACCAAGAAUCUGCUCACACUGUUUGCUUGGCUGCUCGGUCUCGUCAUAUAUCAAAUGUUGUUUCUUCAGCCCAAAAACUAGAGACACCAAAGGAUAAAGUUGAUACGGAAGCAAAACUGCAAGCCUGGCUUGAAUCAAAAGGCAAGACAAAGGGUGCACAAAGAAUAGGACCAUUUGCUUCUCGAUAUCUGAGGAAAACACCCAGUUCUAUAAGUUCUGUGAAGAAGCUUAAUUCUUGUAAAGUCAAAAGUUCAGCCAAAGAUAGGUAUAGAAUAACUAGUAUUUGAAUUUCCUUCAGAAUUGGCUGAGCUCUAAAACUCACUGCUUCAUUUGUUAAACAAAUAUGCAGGGCCUUAUCUGUGACUUCCAGAAAUUUAUUCAACAAUGAAGGAUUCUUAUUUGGAGGUAAGUUCUAUUAACUAAGAAAUAUUACUAGCUUUUACUUUCUUCUGGAAUCUACAAUUCUGCAUUUCUCAAAUACCAGAGUUCCAUUCCAGAGUUCCCACUUUUCUUCUGAGGGCAGUAAAAGGGAAACCUGAUCCGAUGUUGAGGAGAUUAUGUUGGAAUCAACCGUGAACUUAGCUGGUAUGUUAUUUAACUAUGGAAUUUAUUGACAACAAUCUGUCCGGACUGCCUUGUGCUGAAUUAAUCAAAAUUUUGGACUUUUUUGUUUAAGUGAUUGGCAAAAAGUUUCUUGUUGACCGUACACAAUUUUUAGAAGAACCAUCUAGCAAGGAGGAGGAUACAACUUUAAAAAACUUGGUUGAUACCAUUGGAUUGUCUCCGGUUAAUGAGAGAAAAACUGCAAUGCAAAAUCCUCUAAGAAAGGUCCUAUCCCCCAUCAAUUCCAAUGUAAUUCCAGAACCCCUCAAGGAACAAUCAUCCAAGGACCAAUGUUCAUUAUUAUAUGAGCCAAACACUCCCCAAACGCCUCCCAGUUCAACCAACAAAUUCCCAAACGUUGGCACCCCGCAUGAUAAAUUUAAC